AUGUUGAAAUCAGUCGCGACCCCUUACUAUCCUAUUCAAGAUGAGAAACCAAAGCUUUUAUAUACAUCUGCAAAUUUCUUGGGUAUACCCACUAACAGGGGACAACCAAAAAUUGGUACAUAUCAAGGACCAGAACUUAUUCGAAAAUCUAAUUUUUUCCAGCUUGUAGCUGAAGACGGAAUACAGUUAACUGACUGUGGAGAUAUCACACCUGUAGAGCUAAAUGAAGCAGAGGAUCCACAACGUUUCGGGAUGAAAUGGUCACGGAGUUUCUCAUUGACCACUUUAAGAAUAGCCGAACGUGUGGAGGAAUUAAUGAAACAGUCGAAUAAACAUACUAUCGAAUUAAGUGGAUCAAAAUCAACUCCAUUAGUAAUUGUUGGUGGUGAUCAUAGUAUGGCGACUGGAACAAUACUUGGGCAUGCUAAAGCUAAACCAGAUCUCUGUGUGUUAUGGAUUGAUGCUCAUGGUGACAUAAAUACACCGCUAAACUCAGCUUCUGGAAAUAUACACGGAAUGCCUUUAAGUUUUCUAGUAAAAGAAUUACAAGACCAAAUACCGUGGUUGGACGACUUUGAAGGCAUAAAACCUUGUCUCAACGCCAGUAAUAUUGCCUAUAUUGGUUUGCGGGAUUUAGACGCUCAUGAAACACAUGAUAUUAGAAAACAUGGCAUCGCUUAUUUUACAAUGCUGGAUGUUGAUCGAAUGGGGAUAGAGGCCGUUAUUAAAGAAGCAUUGCAAGCAGUAAAUCCAAGACUAGAAAAAGCUAUUCAUUUAAGUUUUGAUAUAGAUGCACUGGAUCCGUUAGUAGCACCGAGUACUGGUACUGCUGUUCCAGGUGGUUUAACAUUACGUGAAGGUUUGAGAAUAUGUGAAGAAGUUUCAGCGACAGGAAAACUUUCUGUAGUUGAGUUGGCUGAAUUAAAUCCUUUAUUAGGAUCUCAGGAAGAUGUUUUAAAAACUCAAUCAUCUGCUGUUCAUAUUUUAAGAGCAUGUUUAGGCCAUUGUCGUUCGGGUCAUUUACCAUUCAAAGUUCGCAAUUUAACUGACCAAGGUAUUAUGAGUCGAGCGGUACAUAUGCAGACAAAACAAUAA